AUGACAGACCGGGCGUCCUCAAAUGCCAACCGCAUAACCCUCUCAUCUCUCAAUUAUGUUCCUCCCUCCUCAGUUGCGCAGCUCCUCCUCGAACCUGCUGAAAAGGCCAAGAUUGCAAUAAUAGACGUCCGUGACUCGGAUCACAUCGGCGGCAACAUCAACGGCAGUCAAUGGGUCCCGCUGAACCAACUGGACGUGAAAAUGCCCGAACUGAUACGGACGCUCAAGGACAAGGAGAAGGUGAUUUUUCAUUGCAUGUUGAGUCAACAGAGGGGCCCGAAGGCUGCGUUGGCAUACGCAAGGGCGAAGCAAGCGGCUCAGCACAAGGAGGCGAACGAUGGUGCCGAGGGAGCGAAAGAGGAUGGCUCUGGGGAAAAGAAGCAAUCGCAGAAGCAGGAGGUUUGUGUGCUUGAUGGAGGAUUUGGCGCAUGGCAAGCGACCUUUGGUGAGGACCCGAGACUGACGGCCGACUAUAAGCCUGAUAUUUGGUUGUGA